CAUCAUCAGCAACAAAGCAUUUGUUCUAGUAUCUACUUUACAGUACCUAAUACUUAAUCCACACUCGUUGACCAACUCACAUCACUCUUUAAGCAUCAAAUCGCUUAUUCCAGCAACCAAAAACCUACAAAAUGCAUUUCAACUUUGCCUGUGCUACUGCAUGUCUCUUUGCGAUCGCUGCUCUUGCAGUCCCCGUUGAGGUCGAGAAAAAGACCAAUAUCAGCAGCAACAAACAGUGCGCUGCUGGUACCUCCGUCCACUGCUGCGACACCGUCGACAGCACCGACAACUCGAACGUCUUGAACCAGUUGAGCGCUGCUGGUAUUGACCACAACGAGGCCAAGCAAAAGGGUCAAGUUGGAUUGACCUGCACUCCCAUCACUACUUCCCUUGUUGAUGCUCUCAACGGCAAUGUCUGCCAGGGUGCUACUACAGCCUGCUGCGAGGAGACCAACCAGACGGGCUUGGUUAACCUCAACCUCGGCUGCUCCGUCAUCCCCGUGACUCUGUAAUCGCCUUCACCAACACUUUGUCUUUCACGAGCGAUCGCGGUUACGAUGUCAAGACUUUGCCUAGCACAAUAGGUAUAGAACAAUGCUCGAAAAACUUCUCGACUAUGCAUCUUAUUUCUCAUUAUUUACAUUUCUUCGUGUCAUACUGGCGCAUAGCAAUAUGCUGUUAUUUAUAUCAUCAUUAUCUUCGUUGUGUGUCUUAGACAUAGUGGUUAGCCUGAUUCUUUGACCAACCAGACAAUUCAUACAAAGCACAUUGUCCCUCUUUUUAUUAACCCAUUUUCGAUAAAGCGUUGCUAUUUUAUAUUAUUAUAAUACAGUAUAUCAUUCAAGAAAUCUGCAAAUAUUCUGC